CGCCAGUUAUAAUUAUUGAACGUUAUUGGACACAAAAGUUAAUUGAGUUUCAUUAACAAUGAAUUAUUAUUUUCAAAAGACGUAUUGUAUUUUGUUAAUUUUCUUUCUUAGCUUAAAAUAUGAAACAGUAUUAGCACAAAAUAGAAUAAUAGGAGGAAGUAUAACUACAAUUAAAAGAUUUCCUCAUAUGCUUCGACUUCAAGCUGGAAUAAGAGGUAGUAAUUUAGUAAGUACUUGUGGUGCUUCAAUUAUUGGCAAAGAAUGGGGACUUACGGCAGCACAUUGCUUUGAUAAUCCAAAAACAGAUUACAACAAAAUAAGUGUUCUUGCUGGUACUACUGAUAUAAAAAAUUUAGCAAGAACUGCAAGACGACAUAAAGUGAUAAGGGUCAUUCGAAAUCCUUAUUAUGUUAAAAGUAAUGAUAAACGAAGAAUUGGAGGCGACAUAGCUGUAAUUAAAGUAAAUCCACCAUUUACUUAUAAUAACGUAAUUAAACCAAUUAAAUUACCACAACGAGGUCUAGCAUUAAAAACAAAUCCUGCCACAAUUUCAGGAUGGGGUCACACUAAACCAGGUGGACCAGGUUCUAAUAAAUUGCGUGCAGUUUCUGUACCAAAAGUAGACUUGAAAAAAUGCAGAAAACAUUAUUUAAAAGGUAACAUAAAACUAAAAGAAGGGGAAAUUUGUUAUGGAUACAAUAAAGGAGCAAAUGUUCGUGAUAAGUGCCAAGGCGAUUCUGGUGGUCCACUUAUUAAUGCGGACAAAGUAGAACUUGGAUUAGUUUCAUGGGGUGUCGAAUGUGGAACGAAAGGAUAUCCUGGAGUUUACACUGACGUUCUCUAUUUCCGUAAUUGGAUUAAACAACAAACAGGAAUAUAAUUCGAAAAUUUGGACAAUUAUCUAUAUAACGAAAAAAUAACUACAGAAAAAUUUAAUUUCAUAAUUUUUCACUCUUAUUUAUUUAUUUCUUAUUGGUAGGUUUGUUUUAGUGAAAACUUUUAAUCGUGAUUUUGAUGUUUUUGACUUCUGAAAUUAAAAAAUAGUGUUUUAAAAACUAUCCCGAUGUAUGUUUAUAUGUGUGUAUCAACAUUAUACCCAAGGUAACUAA